AUGAAAGAAGCCGAAUAUCAUGUCUACGGAAUGCCAUGCGAAAAAGACAAGGACACUGAGAUUUACACGAACUAUACUGCUUUUCCUGACUACCGAUGCAUUGCAAAAGGAAAUGGCACCGCUAGUGUUAUUUUGAUGGGAGAUUCGAUUGCAUGCAGAGCGUAUGCGCUUGUUCACGAUAUCUUCAAAGGCCGUUAUCGCAACCUCCGACUUUUUUCGAGACCUAGUUGCCCUUUUUUAUGGUGUUCGAGGGAAAUGUCUGAAAUUAUAAGAAAACUUGUGCAGCGAGAGAAACCAGACGUUAUAUUGUAUAUGCAGCGUACAUAUUUUCGUUUUAAUGCUCCAAUCAUAGAACUGGAUACAGAUUUUGUUUACAAACAGUCUCAAAGCAACAUUGAGUUCAUCAGGUGA